UAUCCGCGGGGCUCGCUCGCUCUCCGCUUUUCCCUCUUCGGCUGCAACUUUGGAGGUGGCGGGUCGUUGGCAAGACCCGGAGCGGUGCUGAUUAGCAAAAUGGAGAGGCAAAAGCAUCGCCAGGGAAAGAUGCAGCGGUGUCGCAGCGUCCUGUGCGUCUCCUUAAUCUUUUGCGCGGCCCUCUCGGAGACCUUCGGGCUGGUGUUAUCCGCUAAAGAGAAAAGGGGAUGGACUAUGAAUAGUGCCGGUUAUCUGCUGGGACCACGUCGUAUUGAACAGCUGCUCAUGGAAAUGCUCAGUACAAGGGGGAGAGAAGAGCCACCUGGGGAAUAUGUGAUAGACAGAGUUUUUAAUGAUAAGCAUGGACUAGCCGGGAAACGUGACUUGCAGCCUGAAGAAAGCAUAAAAGCAGAUCCUUUUGGAAGAGCCUUGACUGAUAGAAAUAUAAUGCAUACAAUAAUUGAAUUUUUGACGUACUUGCGUCUUAAAGAAGCUGGAGCCUUUGAUAACAUUUCUACAACAGUCUCUUCAGAAGAAACAGAUCAGUCCUGAAAGAAAAUAUAUGCAUUCUAUGUUAGAAAUUAAGAUCCUGAAUCAGAACUUUGAACAAAAUAAGAGGAUGAUUUAUUGUUUACAUUUAUCUGAUAAACUAUCACCCAUGGUCCACUUUCCUUUUGUCUUUUCCUUCCCAUUGAUAUUACAUUGUAAGAGUUUUCCUCAAUUAAAAAAAAACUAUAAUUGAUAAAGUGACAAAAUAAAAUGA